GGAGGGGGAAACGGCGUAUGCUUGUAUACAACCCUGAUUUCCAUUUUUUUUCCCAACUCGUAAUGUAUUUAAUUCAAGUGAAACGUAAUCAUGACGUGUCGUGUCAUUAAUCUCCUCGCCGCCUCUCCCAAACGUAACGGAAGAGGCUGCCUCAGAACUAUAUCCCCCCUCUCCGAAGACACUGAAGAAUGGCAUAACACCACACACACUACUGAGGAUGGAUUCCCCACCAGAGUGUGUGUUGUCUCUUUCUUCUGAGCAGCCUCAGUCUCCCACGACGCUGCCAUCUUUGGACCACAGUCCCCAGGCCUCCUCUCCAGUACCUGACAGCCCAAUUGUCCUUCCAAUACACAGCCCUGAUCCUUCCCCACUGAGCCCUGACACAACGCCAUAUUUCCCCCUCUCUCCUGAUCCCCUUCAAGAAGACAAUAAUAAUUACCCAGAUGUAGAUGGAGAAGAUGAUGAAGAAGGACUGGAUAGAAUUCUUCCAUCACCAACCCCAGCAGUGGCUUUAUUUCCAGGAGGGGGUCAAGAAGCUGGAUGCAGCCCUCAUUUGGACUCCUCCCCUCCAGACACACCAUCGGCACCAUAUGGUGCCCUGGAGCUGGCCCUCUCUUCAGGGCAGAGUGAAAAUUGCAAUAAUGAGCUAGACCUCCAGCUGUUCCAGAAAGAUACCAUUACCAGGUCCCUACCUGGUGUUGGAGGGGCCUCAUCUGGGCCUGCACUCAGGUUUCCCUGUCAUGUGUGUGGCAAGAGAUUCAGAUUCCAAAGCAUUUUAUCUCUUCAUGCACGAGCACACAGUCUGGACCGAGACCGCCGUGCUUCAACCUUGUACCAGACUGGACUCUCCUCAUCACCCCUAAAGCAGCACCUCAAAAUCCAGCAGAACCACACAAAAGACUUAAUUCCAAAUUACAGAAGUCAUUCUAACCAGCAUUUACUGCCAGGAAAUCUCAUUCAGCACAUCACAGAAGAAGACGCUGUUAAUGGUGACAUUAAAUGCCUCAGUGAUGACCUACAGACAGAUCAGAACUCAAACUUUUUACUGGACGACAGCACACCCUUGACCCCUCCGCUUACAGAGGACCCUGUAUCUGUGACCUCUCCUUAUUCUUCUGCUGUUGGGGAAGGUUCAUCUAUUUCCAUAGCGCCUACAUCAUUUCGCUGCCAUGCCUGCAAGGGAAAAUUCCGCACAGCUUCAGAAUUGGCACGUCAUGUUCGUAUUCUCCACAACCCAUACAAAUGCACCCUUUGUCCUUUCUCUGCCAGCCAAGAAGAGAGCUUGGCAUCUCACUUGCAAGAGUGCCAUCCGUCCCCUGAGGUAUCUGCUCUGCCACCAGCCUUUAACUCCAGGACCAUCAUUGACACUCCAAUGCCCACACCAACCCAUACCCCUGCCCCAGCCCCAAGUAACCCACAGAUGGCAUCAGCUGCUGCUGUAUCUGCAUCCACUUCAAUGCCAGCCUUUCGAUGUGAUACUUGUGGACAAAGAUUUACCCAGUCUUGGUUCCUGAAGGGACACAUGCGAAAGCACAAAGACUCUUUGGACCAUAAGUGCCAGGUAUGUGGACGUGGCUUCAAAGAGCCUUGGUUCCUGAAAAACCAUAUGAAGGUUCAUCUGAACAAACUUGGCCUGAAGGCCGGAUUGGGAAACCCUGGGGUACUAGGAGGUGCUGAGCAGCAGUCCAAAAACUCUGCUAAUAACCAGUCUCUCAAUGCUCUUUACUCAAGCCUCCUUCUUGCUCAGCGAGGAGGUGGCGGAAGAAGUGGACAAGGAAGAUCUGACAGGGAAGCUGGAGGCAGAAUUGAAAUGGGCCUGAGCAAGUCAGCUAUUCUGGGAUAUCUGGGUUUGCCCAAUGAUGGGGCCAGCUGCAUGGAGAGGCUUCAGGCAGUGGCCCAGGUGGCAGAGAUGGGACAUAGUGGAGGUGGUGUUGGUUGCUCAGGGAGAGGGGACUUGGGAAGAGGAGCGGGAACCACUAGAAGAGGGAGCACAAGCGAAACUACUGCAACCCUGUCGGAAGGAGGGGACCAGGCAACCUGGUGGCAGCUGGUGGCUCGCAGCCUGGCCGUUGCUCAGCAGCAGCAGAGGCCCCAUCAGCGAGGUCAGCAGGAAAGCCAGCGAGGGCCAGGUCGCAAUUUGGUGAUCACAGAAGCAGAACAAGUGAGAGCCUACCUAGGAGGUAUAGAUCCAAGAGAAGAAACAGGAGGAACUGGGGGGCCUUGGGAAUGUCCAGACUGUGGCAAGCUGUUUCGCAGCCUGCAGCAGGUGGUAAUACAUGCUCGUGUUCAUGCCCAGAGGCCAGUGAAAGGAGGAGGUAGUGAAGGGGAGGGCAGUGCUAGUAGAAGGGGCACAGGGCUUGGAAGAAGAAGCAGCAGUGAAGUUAGACUGGAAUCUCAGCUUCACGGUGGCGCAACUCAGCAAAUGGGAGACAUGAGACAGGAAUCGAAACUGAACAGUGGUGGAUCACAACAAGCUGGAGCAACAACAGGAUUUCACUCUGUUAUUUCAAACUUCAAAGGAGAAAACGGCUUCACAGCAGUCUCCUCCAUGCCCUCAGUUCCCACCAGGGAGCGAGUUCGUGGCAGAGGGAUAAAAGACUGCCCCUACUGUGGUAAAGCUUUCCGCUCCUCACACCAUCUUAAAGUGCACCUGAGAGUUCACACAGGUGAGAGGCCUUACAAAUGCCCCCACUGUGAUUAUGCGGGUACUCAGUCUGGCUCGCUGAAGUACCAUCUCCAGCGUCACCACCGGGAGCAACGAAAUGCUCUGUCAACCUCCUCCAAUUCCUCGUCUUCUAGUCUUACGUCUACUAUCGACAGCUUCACAUCUGGAACAUCUGGAGCGGGAAAGCAGCGCCGAUCUCAAAUCAACUCUGCUGCCAGCCGAGGUCCGACGGAUGCCCCCACCACACGGAUAAGCCAGCAGUCUUGGCUCCUAGGGCUACCAGACCAGAGGGAGCAUCGGAAGGCGCUGGCAGCUUUACGAGAUGUUGACCUGGAGUCCCAGUAUAGAUAUCUGUCAGGAGUGAUGGGUGCCCUUUACCAAGGUGGAAUGGAAGAUGGUUGGAUCAGGGAGUCUCCCCCACCAAAAGUGCCAAAAGUAUCAAGGCGCAAGCCGCUCACGACAAGCCGAAUGGUCCAGCCACCGAAUGACAAAGACGGACUCGUCCCAUCAACUCAGGAUGGUGGGUUUGAACCCUUGGAUCUAUCUCGCCGCACCUCACCUGGCCUUACCGGGGUGGAGGAUAAUGAAAGCAUUAGUACAGGGGAUGGAGAAUCUGCACUUGGUGGGGAUGAUGGAAGCGAUGUCUCUACAGGGGUUAAACUAAGCCAAUGUUUGUUCUGCCCUUUCCAUACAUCUUCAACAGAGUUGAUGGCCAUGCAUCUCCAGGUCAACCACACCAGUAAGUCCCGGCGCAAGAGAGGCACUUCAACUCUUUUGGAUGAUGAUAGAGCCCCAAAGGCCGCAAAGCAUCAGCCAGAUCACUCCAAUGUAGACCCUUUGACUAUGUGGCGGCAUACUAAUGAGGCAGAGCCCCAUAUACCCACAAGGGGGUGGCCCUCAACUCAGGCCCACACCUUUAAUGGUCUCGCUGAGUAUCCAGCACAACUCCUGGAAGACACCCUUCAACAACCAGACUCCAUGGCCUCCAUGUCCAAGAAUGUAAGAGAUGGUCCAGCUCUCAAAGGGAAGAUAGAGGGGGAUAAAGAGGAGCAAGAGGAGGAAUUUGAAGAGAAUAUGGAAAACAGCAGUGUGGAAGAUUUUCAAGACCAGGAUCUGAGGAUGUCACUUGAUCUUUCCCCAGCCCUGCACUCAAACAUUGUGGGAGAGGAAGAGAGAGUCUUAACAGAUGAAAAUGCUAUCUAAAGACGCAAUCUAUAAAGGAGUGACGGGAUCAAUGUUUUAAACUACAUGCAACUCGAAACUGAAAACAGGAGAAGCUGCAAUGAAAAAAAAGAGCUGACUGUUAAUCCCUCUUAACCGUGUUUGUGGACAAACACGAGAAGUCACAAAAAAUAUGUUAUAGGAAACAUUGGGGGGGGAAGAAAAAAAAAUCACAGGUGUAAUGUUUCCUCUGGCGUUACUUGUCUACUAGAGUUGUGACUGUGGUAUCCAGAACAUAUACAGUAAAAGUCCUGUAAAAAAAAAAAAACUAAACAAAAGAGCAUGGCUACAUCUUUUCAGUAUUUUGUAGGCCACUUUUUCUAUGUUUUUUUUUUUCUUUAAGCCAAACUCGCGUUGGAUGCUUUUUAAGAAGAUAUCCAAUUUGUUAAGUGAAAGAAACAUCCGUUUAGGAUCUGGGGCAAAAUACUAUAUCAUUCCAGAGUCAUGCAUUUGAAUCCUCUCUAACGAAUGGACUGUAUAUUCCUGACGGCUCUGCUGACCCAGUAGAAGCCAACUGUGAAGUGAAGCUAUCCUGAAUGACCACUGAGCAGUUAGACUCUGCCAGCUUCAAGUCUCACCUCCGAUUAAGACACACUCCCAUGAGGAAAGUUUCCUGCUAAGUGGUAUGAACUUAAGGCAUGAGACGACAUUGCCCUCAACUAUGUAUCACUGCCUUGUUUGAGAGUUUCCAAGACUGUCCUGAAGAAAAGCUGAAAGAAAUGUUUGUAAUAUUUUUUAUGUUUUCAGUUAGUGCCUGUUCAUGUAUGUUGUCGAAAGGGUCUCUGGCACUGCUAAGACUCUGAUAGGCCAUUCAUUUUAUCUGAAUAUACAGUUUAAAGCAAGUUAAGUACAAUAUAUUUCUUAAAAGUGGUUCUAGGGUGUUGUCAAUAGUUAAGUUGUAAAAGAAAUGCUACAUCAUAGCGCUAACGUUCUCUACACAGACUCUAGCUGUUUGUGGCUCUGCUUGAAAAGAAUACAAAAAAAAAACAACGCAAAAAAUGUUGUGAUGAAAAGUGUAAAAGCAAAGUGAUUAAAACGGGGAUGGGGUGGGGGUGGGUCACAGCUCAGAAUUCAGUGUUUACAGUCGUAGCGGGUUGGGGUUCCCUACGGGGAACAAACUGCAAUCCGAUUCUGAUAGAGGGCUGUAGGGGGCAGCGCUAGAGCUCCUGAACACAAUCAGCCGGCACGCUGUUUUAAAGAGACUUAAGACUUUAGCAAACGUGUCGGUAAAAAGAGAUUUUUCAUUGAAGUUUGAGGGUAAGAGAAUGAAAAUGAAAAAAGUACUGCUGCCUGGUAAAACUAAAUCUGACAAAUCCUCUCCGAUUUAGUUUUAUUCUUGGGUUAUGGUGUCUUUUAGAUGAGUAGAUUCCCUCUCUUCUUCUUUUUUUCAUAAGAAAAGACAAUGGUAGGAGUAAUUAUUAAAACACUAACACGUGCAUAGACAUCCCAGUAGAAUAUGUGUAGCUUUUGUAAAAACAAGAAAAAAAAAAGGCUGACUGGUUUACUUUCAUUUUAAGAUGCUUACAGAAAAAGGUUAUCAAUAUAGGUAAUAUUGAUUAUAAUGUUUUGUGAGCUAAGACUAGUUGGAAUGUCUAUACAAAGCACUGUGCAAAGUAUGAGUUCCCAAAGUAGUUGUCUUUUUGUUGACUAUCGAUAGACCAAACCUUUUUUUUUUUUUUUUUUGUCCAAUGGCAGUUGUCACUUUCUGUUGUCAUUUGAAACGUGUAAGUGUGUGGUUUCACUAGAUUUACCCCAUCAAUUAGCAAAUAGGUCAUCAGUGUACCGAGUAUUUAACAGCUGAACUGGUUCUCAAGAAAACCUUUGUGGAAACAUAAACCACCGUUAAGAAUUGAGAAGAAAAAAAAGAAAAGCCCCCACUUUUUUUGUUUAGCAUGAAUUUGUGUGAUUUAAAGGUAUAUUUAUGAAAAAGAAUGAAUGCGUGGCAUUAAUAUUCCCUUACUUACACUAUCGUAGACGACAUUUGAUGGGGUUUUCUGUUACUGCAACCACAUGUUAAUGUGCAUUAAUGUGUUUAAAGUCCUUUUUUUUCCCCUUAGAGCACCUUAUAAGUUUUGUAGUGAAAUUCCCUCAGUGGUGUCUCCUUAACAACUACUAUCAAUGCCACCGUGCCUUCUGUUUCAAGCACUUCCUGGUGUAUUUUGUAAAACUCACCAAAAGCACUUAGCCUAUAUUGACACACUCUCUUCCGGCUCAUUUUCUCUCCUUCCAUUCCCCUCCGUUCUCUUUCUCUUCAUCACAUCAGCUCAUUUUCUUAAUCCUUUUCUCGUGUUUACCUCCUGACUGAUCCCUCUUCUGGCCCGUGUGGGCCUUAAACGAGGCCACUAGGCCUCAGUGUGUGCUAGCAUGGCUAGGUUCCUUAAAAGAAAGACUACCUAAUGGAUAGGCAAGUAGAAAUCACUCCACUUUUGGUCUUUUUUACUAACCUUUGGCAAACCAAAGCCCAAGUCAAGACUGAGUGUUUUUUGUAAUAUUAUGAGUUGCCAAAACAUGUCCCAUGUGACACUAAAAGAUAAGAAAGUUCCAGAAAACAGGAUAAUCCCAAUGUUCUCACCAUUUCCUUCCCUUUCUCUUUGUCCCCCGCUUGCUCUUCCUCCAUGCCCCGUCUUAUGUCCGUAAACUGUCAAUCUCCAGCACCACUUGAAGGUGACGUGUACUAUCUGGUAUUGAGGCCUUUAUUAGAUUUUCAUUUCUGUUUGUGUGGUAUUUGUUCUAUGCUGUCGAGAUGGGAAAAAAAGCUCUUAUAAUGAUGAUAAGUAUUGUUUUUGGCAUUAUGGUUUGAAAAAAAAAAAAAAGAAGUGUUGUUGAAUGUUGUACAGAUAGCAGCAGAGAUGUUGUGUUUUAAUUUUGUUUUGUUUUAUGCGUAAGAGAGCUCAAAUUUGAGCCAUGGUCCCUUAACUCUUCCAGCUGGCAGAUGGGAAUGAAACGGCUAGCUAAUCAUUGUCGUGUAGGCUAAAGUCCCAUUGAGAUGAUGUGUUACUGCACGCAAAGUGCCCCGUUCACUCCGACUUUAUGUGGGAAUCCCCCUCUAAAAGUUUAGAAGUUGGAGAAGCCCACCCACAGCUUUUUAAAUAGCCAGCUCUCUCAACUGAGAGGGAGGGAGCUCGCUACUUAACGAGCGCUUUUUCAAAGCCAAUCUGAUCGAUUUCUGGUUUUGUUGUUGUGGAAGUGGUGUUUUGGGGAGUUUUUCCUGCAUUACAGAGGGAAAAAAAGUGGUCAGAGCACUCGGCUUGAAGAAUCAAGGAGGAAUUCUGACAAAAAAGCUAAUUCAACUGCUCAAACUCGGGGGGGGGG